AUGUUUGCAGCGCCCGCGCAGCAACAGCCCCCCCUCUCUACCAGCAGUUCUUCUACGACCCUCUCCCAGGACCCGACCGUCAUUGACGGCGAGGGCUUUGGUGUACAGCAGGUGGCCAAUCAGGAUGCCGUCAGGGAAGAAGCUCUUGAGGCCCAUGAAGAGCACGAGCAGCGUCAACCUAUCAGUACCAGCUCUUCUACCACCGCCGUCAACGAGUAUAUCAGCGCCAACAAGCACGCCACUUUCAGCGACCUGGGGCACAAGUUUGACUCCUUCGAGCCUAUCAAGCCGGUCAAUCCGGAAGACCCUCCCCCUCCCCCAUCCCCUGCCACUGAGCGCCCGUACUCGGCCUUCUCCAACUCUACAAAACGGCUCAUCGUCGGCAUUGGCGCCCUCGCCGCCGUCUUUUCGCCUAUAUCAUCCAACAUCUUUGUGCCUGCCAUUCCUACCCUUGCCGAGGCGUUCGUCAGGUCGGAAUCUGACAUUUCCCAGGCUGUCACCAUCUAUCUUGUCUUCCAGGCCAUCACCCCGUCCUUCUUUGGCUCCAUGUCUGACAGCUUCGGCCGACGACCAUUGUAUAUCAUGACCCUCGUCAUCUACCUCUGUGCCAAUAUAGGUCUCGCCCUCAUGCCUACUUCUCAGUACUGGCUCCUCCUCUUCCUCCGUGCGCUUCAAGCAACGGGUGGCAGUGCAGUCAUCUCGAUCGGCUAUGGAUGUAUCUCUGACGUCGCCGCGCCUCGAGAGAGGGGCAAGUAUGCUGCCGUCAUCCAGGCUGGUUCUACGACCGGCCCUGCUCUCGGACCGUUGAUUGGUGGUAUCUUGACCCAGACCCUCGGAUGGCGAAGUGUCUUUUGGUUCCUCGUCAUUGCGACCUGCGUCGCCUUGAUCCCUCUCGUCCUCUUCAUGCCCGAGACUCUGCGCUCCCUCGUUGGCGACGGAUCCAUUCCCCCGCCACCACUCAACACUUCUCCCAUCGUGCUCAUCCAGAAGCGCAACGCCGCUCGCAAGGCUGCUGCUGCCAAUGCGCCUCCCGAGCCCGUCGAAGAGAUUGAGCGCCCGCCUCGCAAGCCUUACCAGCCAUUCUCUACCUUUGCUAUCCUCGCCACGCCCGAGAUCAUCUGUUGCUUCAUCUUCGUCUCCCUCCUCUACCUCCAAUACUAUUGCUCCCUCACCCUCCUCUCCACCGCCCUCAAAGACUCCUACGGUCUCAACGAGAUCAAGAUCGGUCUCGCCUACCUCCCCCUGGGCCUCGGUACCAUUAUCUCUUCCCAGCUCAAUGGCCGUCAGCUCGACUACUACUACCGUAAAGAAGAGUCCCGUGUCGGUGGAGACUAUUCGUCUAAACCGCACCAGUUCAACACCGAAUGGACUAGGAUCCGGUGUCUGAUUCCAUUCGCGGUGUGUUCGUGUUUGGCGACCAUUGGGCAGGGAUGGUGCUUGGAGAAACAUGUGCACCUUGCGCCGACACUGAUCUUCAACUUUUUCGUCGGUUUGGGGUCUGGCACUGUCGGAUCUAUCACCGUCUACGCUCAAGAUGUCAAGCCCGGAAAGGGCGGUGCCGUCUCUGCCGCAUUCAACCUUGUUCGUUGUAUGUUUGCUGCCAUUGCGGUCGCAUGCGUGCAAACCAUGUACAACACCAUGGGCGCCGGGUGGACGUUCGUUCUCCUCACAGGCCUCGUCAUUGCCGGUUCUCCGUUGCCCAUCAUCACCGUCUUCAAGGGCAAGCAGUGGAGGGACAAGAGGAAGGAAAAGAAGGAGCUGAAAAAGGCGAAGAAGGCGGAGAUGCGGGAGGAGAAGCAGGCGGGGGUGAGGAACUAA